CUCGUGUGUUCAAAUGCCGUGAGUGCUCUGAGAGAGAGAGAGCGAGAGAGCGAGAGAGCGAGAGAGAGAGAGAGAGAGAGAGAGAGAGAAAGAGGGGAAGGAAGACAGAAAAGGAAAGUAGAAAGAGGAAGGGCACAUGACCCAAUAAACACCCCGUUCGUCUUGAGAAGAAGACAAACAGACACUGACUUUCUGAAAGGACAUUUUUAUGAGGACUUUUAUCUAAAGGAUUAUUUUAUGGCUUGAAGAAUUGACAGGAGUUCCACCGGAUGAGUGUCAAUACCUCUUUAGAUCAUGGAGGAACAAAAUUUGAAUUGCUCCAAUGAAACCAACCCUCAUCCUCAUCAGCCCUACAGUGAUGCAGAGACUGUGAUCCUGGCCACUGUGAUAGGACUCUUAGUCCUGGCUAUCGUCUUCGGGAACAUUCUGGUUAUUACAGCGAUCGCACGUUUCCAGCGUCUGCAGACGGUCACUAAUUGCUUCAUCAGCUCUUUGGCAUGUGCUGACCUGGUCAUGGGGCUUCUAGUUGUGCCCUUCGGGGCUUGUGAUAUCCUCCUCGAGAAGUGGAAAUUUGGGAAUUUUUUCUGCAAAUUCUGGUUGUCAGCAGACGUACUGGGCGUAACCGCUAGCAUCGAGACUUUGUGCAUCAUAGCCCUGGACCGCUACCUGGCGAUCAUGUGGCCACUUCGAUACCAUACGCUUCUGACCAAACGCCGGGCCUGUUGGGUGAUUCUGAUCGUGUGGAUGGUGGCUGGUCUCAUAUCAUUUCUGCCUAUCCACAUGAACUGGUGGGUUUCGAACAGUACCAAUGCGACAUGCUGCCUGAAUGACCCGACCUGCUGCGAAUUCAACAUCAACAAAACCUACGGGUUUACGUCCUCCAUCAUCUCGUUCUACGUCCCACUCAUAAUCAUGAUAUUUGUCUACACCCGGGUCUACCGGGAAGCUCGGCGGCAGCUCCGAAACAUCUACCGCGUAGAAGGUCACAUUCGGAAGCAAAACAUAUGUGGGCAGGAUGGGAACGAGGUUCGGAAUCGCAAGACCAGGUUCGGCCUCAAAGACCACAAAGCCUUGAAGACGCUCGGGAUCAUCAUGGGCAUCUUCACGCUUUGCUGGCUGCCGUUUUUUAUCUUAAACGUGGUCAUGUUGGCAUUGGGAACAGAAGUCCCCGAGUUGAGUGUGUAUAAAGUCUUGAACUGGAUAGGUUACGCUAACUCGGCCUUCAACCCAAUGAUCUACUGCAGGAGCCCAGAGUUCAGAUGUGCUUUCCAAGAAAUCUUGUGCAGAAAAAGGCCUCCAUUUUCAAACAAAACGGAAUAUAUUUACAGCAACCAGACUAAGUCAAUGGGUUUAUCGGACUGUGGAACGGUAGAGCUCGGGACCUGCUCAUUACCUGCUGGUUCCUCCAACACCAAUGGGAAUUGUAACAGAACACAAUGUUCCUCCAUGAUUUAACUAUUUAUUGUGUAUAGAAAUCCCAUUUCUUAACAUUUUUGUUUCCCCUUGCCAUCGCGUUUGGAUUUGAAACAUCAGAACAAUUGGGUAAGAGAACAAACGGAAUACGAUACGUGCCGCACAAGCGACCUUUGCUCCGAAUAUCGAGCAGAUAUAGAGUCCGAUACGAGUGCGGAGAAACGACCGCUUCCAUGAAUAUUUAGGUACAAGGUAUAGGGCAAAGCUUGACAUUUGGAACGUGUUUCUAUACUACAAGGACACACGUUACACGUAAGCUACCUCAUGACACUCUGGCACAUGUCUUCACCACCAUAAACACUUCCAGGGAAAAAAAAAACUCCUAAUGAACACUACGUUAAAUGAGUGUAGCUGAUCUGAGACCAGCAACCUUAUUUUAUAUUAUUCAUUUUCUUACACUUACUACAUUCCAUUCAAAGGCCGAAGUGUGUAUUUUAAAAGCAGGGACUUCUUUACAUAUUAUUAUAUAUAUAUAUACACACACACACACACACACACACACACACACGCACACAUACAUCUGCAAUCCCUUGUCUGAAGGCGAAGGAAAUCUGAGCUUCUGACGUGACGAGGAGCAACAGGUGAAGGUUUGCUGGCUUGCUGUGCUAUAACCAGCUGCACUUAUGAAAAGGGGAGGAACAAAAAAAAAAGUAAAAGUUGCCCAGUCUGCGUACUUCAACCUUCCCCUAUUAACAUUUCUAUUCUAUUCUGCAGUACGACGACGUUCUAAUAUAACAAUUGCGAUUGUUUCGAAAGGCUUUGGAUACGGACAGAGAACUCUGUGGUAUUUUCUAUAAUCAGUGCACAUGCAUCGAUCCUCAAACGUCGCCCUUUCUGUUUCUUCGCCGCCUCCUAGUUAGUCAGUGUGUCAUGUUUACAGAGAUUCUUGAGCAAACUGUCCAAAAGGGCAGCCAGGGAAAAAAAAAAGGAAUCUCCUGAUAUGGUUCCACUUAGGUUGGUGUUUGUGUUUACAAAAUGAAUGAGGGAAUUUUAUGUUUAACAGAAUCUGGUUCUUAUUAUAGAGGAAGGUGUUCUGGUCUUUCUGUCUAAACUGAAGUGGUUUUUUUCUUUUUUUACAUGACAUGACCAGUGUUUCCUAUCUGUAGGCAUGUAUGUGUGUGUGUGUGUGUGUGUGUGUGUGUGUGUGUGUGUGACAAGCUUGCUGCUACAGGUUGUCUGAUGCAACAUGCAAGUAUUUACAAACCAUCAGGUCGAGUGGGUUGUUUUACUUUAGGUUUUGAUGAGGUUAUACAGCGUAAAGCACAAAUAAAUGGUACUGUAAAUUUCUUCGAAGACGGAUUGCACACUGUAUAUAAAGUACAUAGGAGAUAUAAAUAUAUAUAUAACUAUAAUUUAUUGUCCCAUCGACAUCCAUAAUGUAAGUGAAUGUUACAUUGCAUUUGAGAACCCUGUUUAAUGUCAUUCCACCUAAAAGCUCUUAAUUCUCUUUCUCUCUCACACACACACGUUUCCACUGCACUGCGAAAUGCUUUGUGUGUUUUUGCGCCUCUUUUAUUUUGUAUCGUCGAGGCACUUUGUUAAAUGUAAAAUGUGAAAUGUGAAGAAUUAAACAGUGGUUGUGUAAAACA